UUAAUCUUAUCAAACCCAUUUCGGUUCGCGUCCGACGUGUCCAGUUACUUUCCAGCUAGUUGGAAAACAAGUUUUGUCAGCCAUGGCCGAGAACAUGACUCUUUUUUGGGGCUCCGGCUCUGCUCCGUGCUGGAGGGUGAUGAUAGCCCUGGAGGAGAAGAACCUGCACGGGUACAAUCAGAAACUGCUCUCCUUUGAUAAGAUGGAACACAAGUCACCGGAGGUUUUAGCUAUAAACCCGAGAGGACAGCUUCCUUCUUUCAAACAUGGAAACAACGUUUUAAACGAAUCCUACGCAGCCUGUUUUUACCUGGAGAGCCAGUUCAAGAGCCAGGGGAGCAAGCUGAUCCCAGACGGCCCCGCCGAACAAGCCCUCACGUACCAGCGCACGUUUGAGGGCCUCACCUUUUACGACAAACUAUUUGCCGUUAUCUACUAUGACUACGUUGUGCCUGAAGGCGAAAGGUGUGACUCUGCCUUGAAGAGAAACUGCCAAGCCCUGACCAAUGAACUCAAACUGUGGGAGGGUUACCUGCUUAAGGCGGGAUCCCACCUGGCCGGACCGUCGUUCUCAUUGGCUGAUGUGAUUGUAUUCCCAACUGUUGCUAAUCUUUUCCAUUUAGGGUUGUCGGCGGAGCGCUACCCAAACCUGGCUGCAUACUACGCUCUGCUGAAGGAGCGACCCAGCAUCAAAGCCAGCUGGCCUCCGCACUGGCUGGAGAACCCCAAGGGACAAGACACGCUCAAAGACAUCUGACAUCUACAACCAGUCACAGGCUUCUUUUAAAAAAAAAAAAAAAAAAAAAAAAAGUUUGCACUAUUAUCAAGUAUAAUCAAAUGUUAGUUGUGCUGUUUCAAAAUCGUAAGGUGUUAAGCUCGAAAUGUUUUGAUGAUUAAGAUUUUGUUUCGUUUAAAAUAAAAAUAAAUCAAUAAAUGAGUCGAGUUUAUCAAA